CGCAUUCGUUGGACCGACUUGUGCCUUGCACUUCGUCAUUCGUCCUGCUGCAGAGUCUGCAGAUUGUGCAAGAGCUGCAGCAAUGCGUUUUACAGUACUAUUUGUCGUCGUGUUCCUGUCCGUCGCCAGCGUCUGGAACGGAAGUGAUGGGUGGCGCCGACGCCGUCGCUGGUGGCGUGCGACAAACUGUGAAGUGAACGGUUGGGGAGGCUGGGGCGGUUGCAGCAAUCGGUGCGGUUACGGAUAUCAGUACCGUCGCCGGUUUAUAUGGAGGUAUGCCUCUUGGGGAGGCCGCGGUUGCCCUCAUCUCUCCGAGUCCAGAAGGUGCGGUCGCCCGAACGGCGGAUGUCAACAGAUAUGCAGCGGCGGACGUUGCUAUUGCUACAGCGGAUAUUACAGGUACAGCUAUUACUACUGCGCCGACACCAACGAGUGUGGCUACAACUCCGGACGCGGACCGUGUGCGCAUUACUGCCACAACACCGUGGGCAGCUACUAUUGUAGUUGUCGCUAUGGUUACUACCUGUCCGGACGUCACUCUUGCCCGCCGGUCGACUGCGGGAGGCCUCCCAUUCCGAAGUGUCCAAGCAACGCCUAUAGCGACCAGUUUGGUGCUGCCUGCAAGACCAUCAGCAUUCCCGGAUGUACAACAACUUACCUCAACUACUGCUACCUCAAUUGUCCAUCUAACUACCGCCGCGCUUUGAUUGGUUCUUCAGCAGGCAAAGCGUUCGCGCAAGAUUACAGCAAAGUGACGUUCACGGGUCCUUCCAGAGUUCGUUGUCAAGGGAACAGGUAUUGGACGAGUCAUGGCACCAUCGUGAAACUCUACUGUCGUCGUAACAACGAUCCUCCUACUGAUCUCCGUCUGAACAGUCUAACGAUCAAUGAACACAGUCCGGUCAAUACGGUCGUCGGCAUCCUCAGCUCCUCGGACUAUCAGUCUUGGCAGACGCAUCGAUACACCGUCGAACAUUCGAAGGGUUUCUACAUCUUUGAGAUUGCGGGAACAAACCUGAGGAUCAAGAUUGUACCGAGAUACAAGAGCACAGCGAACGGCGUCAACUCUCCGACUAACUCGUUUGAGGUGAGUAUUCGUACUACGGAUAACGGCAGUCCUAACAUGUACAGACAAGAAGACUAUAACAUCAAGAUACUCGACGUCAACGAUCCUCCCACCAACCUUAGACUCAACACGUACAAGGUGUCCGAAAAGGCAGCCAUCGGGACGACCGUUGCAACUCUUCUGGCCGACGAUGAAGACUCGCGUACGACUAAUCCUUGCUCGUCGUGGAAGGUUGACGAUUCGUCGUCUCAUUCGGUUGCAUUCAAGUUGGGUGGAGGCAACAAAGUCGUGACAGCAAAACUAAUAGAUCACGAGUCACAGAAAGCUCAUUCUAUUGUUAUAACGUGUGUGGACUAUGAUUAUACAUCAUCAAGUGGACGCAACAAGAAGACGGCAUCUGCGACGGUAAUCAUUGAUAUUACCGAUGAACACGAACCUCCGAUUUCGAUCUCUCUCGACAAUGACGACGUCGAUGAGAAUUCGAAGUCGGGAACGAAGGUCGGGACGGUGACGGCUACCGAUCAGGACAAGGAGACUCUACGAUUCGUGCUCGUAUCAAGUUCAAAGACUAACAAACUCGAUGCAACAAAGAAGUUCAAGGUUGGCACGCCAUCGUGCUCGAAUCCAAACUCGGGUUCAGUCAGGACUGUCUGCACGGCUGAUAUUACGGUCAUCGGGACGUUGGACUACGAAGACAUUGAAACAUACAAUGUCAUUCUCUUUGCAUACGACACCAAGAAUCACCACAUCAGCAAGGCUUUCACUCUGAAAGUCAAUGAUAUCAACGAGGCUCCGACGGACGUCAUACUGGGAGCGAAUUCGGUAGACGAGAAUUCACCUGUUAACACAAUCGUCGGAAACCUGGACUUUGAAGACCCCGACAAUCCUGAUAAAUACAAGACCUACCCUAAUGGCUCGAUCGGCUUGGUCGAAGAUAUCCGACAGAAUCCGUCGUGCAAAGUCGAUGUUGGCAAAUACGACGGUGGAUCUUUCGAAGUCGCACGCCAAUAUCCCAAUUUUGAACUGGUUGUGUCCGACAGCAAGGCAUUCGAUUUCGAAACAAAGAACAAGUACACAGUGUCGGUGACGUGUGAAGAUCACGGCAGACCGAGCUUGUCCAUAACCAAAGUCUUCACCGUCCUCAUCAACGACCUCAACGAACAACCGACAGCAAUCACACCCAACCCGUCUCCCAUGAACGUGAAAGAGUGCGUAGGCAUCGGGACGUUAGUCGCCAAACUGUCUACAGUAGAUCAGGACAAAGGACAGACAUACCAAUACUCUAUCGUUGCCGGCAAUCUGAGCGUGUUCGAUAUCAGAGGCAACAAUCUGGUGGUGAAGGCGGACGUGAUCGACUUCGAAUCGGAAGAUGAAUACGAGGUCACAUUGCAGACAGUGGACAACGGGAAUCCACCGAUGGUGUUUGAAGACACGUUUGUAAUUGACGUCGUUGACUGUCCUGAGCCUCCGACCGACAUCGUCUGGGCAGCAGGUGGUACUCUGCCUGAACAAACGCCAGACACGACACCCGGUAACACCAUCAUAGGCUAUAAUAUCGGUGAAGUCAACGUCAUCGACCAAGACAACAACCAGAACCCACAGUGUAAACUUCUGGACGAUGCUAACGGUCUGUUUAACGUUUCUGCGGACAACACGCUCGUGAUCAUCGCCGGACCUCGUGCCACAACCAUCGACUACGAGAGUCUGAGCGACCACACAGUCUGUUUCAAGAUCCGUUGUACUGACUCGACCGGUCUCUAUCUGGACAAACAAUUAUGUGUAGACAUCACUGAUGUCAACGAGCCACCGACUAACAUCACUCUCAACGGCAACCGCAUCCAGGAAAAUCGUGCCGAUGUCGAGAUCGGAGACAUUAGCGUGACUGGCGAUCCCGAUGUCGGACAAGACCACAACUGCACUGUCAUUCCCGACCUUCCGGACGAAGCAGGACACCAGGAAGACGCCUCCAAAGAUGUUUAUAUCAAACAGGUUCCUCAAGGGGGGAGCUUCCGAAACGUUCUGACGACUAAACGUGGACUCGAUUAUGAGGCCAUCAGUACACACUCGUUGGAUGUCAAUCUUCGAUGCUGCGACAUACCGACCGACGGUCAGACGUCACUUUGCGUCGAGAUGUAUGACUUCAUCGUCUGGAUUGAGGACGACAACGAGGUUCCGGGGUCGCCGUGUGAGAAUCUCGUGUGGCACGUGUCUGAGCAUCAGCCGAACGGAACAAACAUUACCGACACGUUGCGAUCGAUCGAUCCAGACAAUGAAAUCCCACCUGAAGAUAUCCAGAAUUUCACCCAAUCCGGACGGCCACCACCCGAAAAGCAGCACUUGGCCUACAAACUGGUGAACGAACGAUCCGUUCCAUUCGUCUACAAUGAACAGCUGCAGCAGAUUAUGGUGUUUGGGUAUCUUGACCAUGAAACUCAUCCGAUGUACACUCUUGUCAUCAACGUGAUGGACGACGGCAAGCUAGAGGAUCCCACUCAAAGGCAGUCAGAUGGCAUAACCACGAUCAUCGACGGAGUGAGACUGAACACAACGUAUACAUGCACUGUGAUGGUUGACGAUGAAAACGAUGUCCACAGCAAAUACGACAUAAUGCUCUCUCCUGUGACGAAGUGCAAGAGUAACCCCGAUCUCGGCGCUGUGAAUGAGAACGCUGCGCCAGGUACGGUAGUCGGCACGCUAACCACGAACGAUCCCGAUAAGAACGAUGUCCAUACGUACAAAGUUGAGAGUACUAACGAGGCCGAUAUUCCAUUCCAAUUGAGUGGCCCUAACAAGGACAGACUCGAGGUAAAGGGAGGCGUACCACUAGACCACGAACUGAAGAAUCAAGUAUCCAUGACGAUCAGCAGUACGGAUCAAUCGGGUUACAGUGUGUCACGAUCUUUCGUCAUCUGUGUUGAAAAUGUGAAUGAAAAACCGACUGACGUCUGUUUGGUCGACAUCCAGACGCUCGAGGCUCUGCCAUCAUUCUCAGUAGACGAAAAUGAAGACGACGCCGCUAUUGGACAGAUCAUUGUUCAAGAUCCAGACAGACCGAGUCGUCGUUGUCCGGGACCAAACAACUCGCCACCGGCCGCUAUCGACCCCUCGCUGUCGUUCGCGUACAACUGCAACGUCGUCUCACAAUCUCUCAACACCUUGUGGGAAGAAGAUGCAUUCUGGAUUGACAGCAAUUUAGUUUUGAAAACGAAACGAGGUCUCAACUACGAGAAUCCGUCUCGUCGUCGAGCAACCGUUCCUGUCCAUUGCGCUGAUGCAUCACACCCACUAAAGAGUCCGAUCGCCAAAGACUUCACGGUGACGGUAGCAGACGUGAAUGAGGCUCCGAAAAACUUUGUCAUUGACAAAAACUUCACUGAAUACCAUGCAGUCAACAGCAGUUGGUGGUUCAGAUUAAAAGAGAACACACAAAGUGUGAUUGCCAACAUCCGUUACACAGACGAGGAUGCCGGACAAGACCACACAUACUCGAUCUCUUCGCAAUUCGACGCGCAAUUCUUUACGCUCACCCACAAAGGUCUCGGCUUGUUUGAACUCGCGACGAGUGGUCUCAGCGCCGAAGCGCACGACGACCAAUGCUUCGAUGUUAUCGUGACGGAUAAUGGCCAACCACCCAAGUCUGGCUUCAAAACAAUCUGCUUCGACGUUCUAGACAUACCCGAACCUGCAACUGCUCUGCGACUUGUUUGUGCUGAUGGUAACAUUUAUGGUCGUCCGGACGGUUCUAGUGUCGACGAAAAAGCCUUCACCAGCUUCAACUUCAGACCGACGGCGACGUUCGGCACUGCCUACCUCCGAACCGACUGUCACCAGAUUCGCCAGGUCGACUUCGAGACCGGACUGAGGGUCGGAACUGUGGUUGCACUUGACGAUGACGGCAAUGGCCAAUUUGUGUUUACUCUGACAACUUAUGCUGACGUGUUUAGCAUCAGCCCUGUCAAUGAUGAUGGUAAUCCGACAUCAGGAGGGGCUCCGGCAUUUAGUCUGACCGUCAGGUUGGCGACGGCGGCGUCUGCACCCAAACCGGCUCAAACGUAUGUGCUGAGGGUUGACGCUAAGGGAGCAGACGGGCUCGAUGCGACUCUCGAGAUUACAAUUAGGACGUACAACGAGUGUGACAGUUGGGUUGUGAAUUCGGGAUGCGGUAAAAUGGCUCGCUGUGUGCCCACGUUGAACUCUUACUCAUGCCAAUGCAAGGCGGGAUUGGUCGGCAAUCCGAAAUCAAACGAUGCGACAACAGAGUGUCAACCGUGUCCAGUCGGUCAAGAAUCGGACGGCAAACUGCCACCGGCUUGUGUCGACAUCGACGAGUGCCAAUCCAAUCCGUGCCAGAACGGUGCCAUGUGCAAUAACGGUGACAACAUGUUUACAUGCACUUGCAAGAUUGGGUUCACAGAUCCGCUGUGCGGGACAAACAUCGAUGAUUGCUCGCCUAAUCCUUGCCAGAACGGCGGCAUCUGCGUCGAUCUGGUUGGCUUGUACCGCUGCGAGUGUGACUUGGCCUACACCGGUCACAACUGCGAACAACAUAUCUCCUCGUGUGAAGACCCGGCGGUUUGCAAACCCGACGAGAUUUGCAUCUACGCCGAGGGCGUCAAGUGCGUGAAGGAGAAGAACGUGGCUCAGACGAUUGCCAUCAUUGCAGCAGAUUCGGUGCGAGGACUUGGUAUCUACGGUGCUCAGACGCACAUUGAGGUGUGUAUUGGCUAUAAGGGCAAAUGCCCGUUGUCUCUUGAUGACGCUAUCAAGCAUGUCAAUGAAGAUGGGCGGCGGCGGCGGCAAGCUGUCGGUAACCGAUAUAUGGCCAGAAUCAGUGACGUGAACGCGUGGCCGAAUAACAACCAAAAGAGUUUGAUUGAACUCGUUCUCUUUGACCGUAACAAUGGCAACCAACCAGUGUCUCCGUUUGGACCGAAUGGCACGUGUGAGUUGUUGAAGAAGACUGACCUCAAGUGUGUUAACUGGCAGCAAUGUCUCGAUGUCAAUCGACUGCAUAAGCACUGCAAUCCUGAUAUCUCAGCAUCCGUCAGUUCAGUGACAUUUCCUAGUGGCAAAACUCCACUUCUUCUCGAUCAUAAGACCGCCAGUCCAACGGAUGUUAAUGUCGUAGUAGAAGGACAAAAAGAUAAAGAUGACAAAAGUGACCCAUUCUUCAAGACAUUGAAUGGAAGGAUCACGAUUGUUGUCAUUGGUGUGGCUAUUAUUAUCGUUGCUGCCGUCAUCGUAUUCCUAAUUGUGAGAAACCGGAAAGAAGCAAACGCCUACUAUGAAGAGUUUGACGAAUAUGAUGACGGAUCGGUCAUGCCUGAUGAGAACAUUGAUCGUGACCUUCCGUCCAUGUCUGGCAGCAUGCGUCAGCGUGCUCGUCCACGAAGCGGUCUUGUCAAUCCUCUCUAUGACGCCAUGAUGGCAGAUGAGCCAAUAACCGGAACAGUGGACAACGAACUGUACCAUCCAAGUGGAGAUAUCAAGAUUAGGGAACAAACCGAUGAGGGCAUCAUUCCCUACAACAGCGAUAUGAUAGCUGACGACGACGACGAAGACCCUCUAUAUGAUAAUGCAACUAUCCAAUAAGCAAGAUGUCUUGGUUCACGGGACUAACUGUUGUUAUGCCAUUUACAUAUAUAGUAUUAUUAUUGGCUAUUGUAAUGCUUGAUUGAUGUAGUGCAAGUCUGUUGAGAUAUCAAUAUCUCUGUUGCAGUAGCUGGUACUAUUUUACGCUGGAUGCUGAAUGUGUGAUGUAGGAUAGGUGGGUCUGCGAGGUACCAAGUGAUAUAUGUAAACGUUGGUGGAUACUCAUAAUAAAUCACGAAUAAACAAA